CUUCUAUUUUAUACAUCCCAAAAAAAGAACAAAAAAAUAAAAAUGGCUCUACCACCCAAGUUCUCCGGGCAGCUGCUCGCCUCUGCCGCUUCUCACGGUAUUGAAGCCAAACACACAAUCGAGAUCUACUUGGACUACGUCUGCCCGUUCUCCGCAAAGAUCUUCAAGACGUUCUACAACGAGGUCAUCCCCAUCAUUCGAACCAAGUAUACAAACCCAGGAGUUCGGGUCAUAUUCCGACAACAGAUCCAACCGUGGCACCCAUCUUCGACGCUCGUGCACGAAGCCGGCGCCGCCGUACUGCAGACGGCUCCCAAAUCGUUCUGGGCGUUCUCGGAGAAGCUCUUCCAGCAGCAGACCGACUACUUUGACGUCAACGUCGUCAACGAGGUACGCAACGACACCUACAGGCGACUGGCCAAGCUGGCGGGCACGGUGGACGGGGUGGACGAGAAAACCAUUCUGGACUUGCUGUUGGUUCCGGACAAGCCGGACGACGACGGUGGUCUGAACAUCGGAAACAAGGUUACCAACGACGUCAAGUUGAUGGUCAAGGCCAACAGACUCACAGGUGUCCAUGUCACUCCGACGGUCUUGUUCAAUGGAGUCGAAGAACGCAGCAUAUCUUCUGGCUGGACGGUGGGACAGUGGGAGGAGUGGCUCAAGAAGAAUGCGACAUGAGCUUCGUGUGGCCGAACCGAUACCUCUGAACUUAAUGCGAAAACAAAGAUUUGCAGUUAGAUUGAAGCAGUGUAUCUGGCCUGCUGCCCAGGGAGUUACAAUUGAUCGUUGAACUAGGUAUGCAAGGCCUGAAUGAAC